CCGGCCGUGACAAUGGACUAUGACUUUAAAGUGAAGCUGAGCAGCGAGCGGGAGCGGGUCGAGGACCUGUUUGAAUACGAGGGCUGCAAAGUUGGCCGAGGCACUUACGGUCACGUCUACAAAGCCAAGCGGAAGGAUGGGAAAGAUGAUAAAGACUAUGCUUUAAAACAAAUAGAAGGAACUGGGAUCUCUAUGUCGGCAUGUAGAGAAAUAGCACUACUUCGGGAACUUAAGCACCCAAAUGUCAUCUCUCUUCAAAAGGUGUUUCUGUCUCAUGCAGACAGGAAAGUGUGGCUUCUGUUUGACUAUGCCGAACAUGACCUCUGGCAUAUAAUCAAGUUUCACAGAGCUUCUAAAGCAAACAAGAAGCCAGUUCAGUUACCUCGGGGGAUGGUGAAGUCACUAUUAUAUCAGAUUCUAGAUGGGAUCCACUACCUGCAUGCUAACUGGGUGUUGCACAGGGAUUUGAAACCUGCUAAUAUUUUAGUUAUGGGUGAAGGUCCUGAGCGAGGAAGAGUAAAAAUUGCUGAUAUGGGCUUUGCCCGAUUAUUUAAUUCACCUUUGAAGCCUUUAGCAGAUUUGGAUCCAGUAGUAGUUACAUUCUGGUACCGAGCCCCAGAAUUACUUCUUGGAGCAAGACAUUAUACCAAAGCUAUUGAUAUUUGGGCUAUAGGGUGUAUAUUUGCAGAACUACUAACGUCAGAACCAAUAUUUCACUGUCGACAAGAGGACAUCAAAACUAGUAAUCCUUAUCACCAUGACCAGCUGGACAGAAUAUUCAAUGUAAUGGGAUUUCCUGCAGAUAAAGAUUGGGAAGAUAUAAAAAAGAUGCCUGAACAUUCAACAUUAAUGAAAGAUUUCAGAAGAAAUACGUAUACCAACUGCAGCCUUAUCAAGUAUAUGGAAAAACAUAAAGUUAAACCGGAUAGUAAAGCAUUCCACUUGCUUCAGAAGUUGCUUACCAUGGACCCGAUAAAGCGAAUUACCUCAGAACAGGCUAUGCAGGAUCCCUAUUUCCUAGAAGACCCACUUCCUACAUCAGAUGUUUUUGCCGGUUGUCAGAUCCCUUACCCCAAACGAGAAUUUUUAACAGAAGAAGAACCUGAUGACAAAGGAGACAAAAAGAACCAGCAGCAGCAGCCGGGCAAUAACCACACGAAUGGGACCGGCCACCCAGGGAACCAAGACAGCAGUCACACCCAGGGACCCCCGUUGAAGAAAGUGAGAGUCGUCCCUCCUACCACUACCUCAGGUGGACUGAUCAUGACCUCAGACUAUCAGCGUUCCAAUCCGCAUGCUGCCUACCCCAACCCCGGACCAAGCACAUCACAGCCGCAGAGCAGCAUGGGGUACUCAACUACCUCCCAGCAGCCUCCACAGUACUCCCACCAGACACAUCGGUACUGAGCUGCGUCGGACACCGUCCAUGCACUGUCGCGGUGCCGCAGGCCGCCUGCAGCUCUCGGCGGGAGCCUGGGAUGGGCCAUGAGAAUGUACUGUGCAGCCACGCAGUCAGAUGUCCGGUAGCCGAGUUCCACCGCUUUUCACAGAUUGGGGUAGUGGCUUCCACGUUGUCGCUGUCUGGAGUUAGGCUUGAGAAGAAAGUGCUAGCACAGUUUGUGUUGUGGGUUUGCUACUUCCAUAGUUUACUUGACAUGGUUCAGACUGACCAAUGCAUUUUUUUCAGUGACAGUCUGUAGCAGUUGAAGCUGUGAAACGUGCUAGGGGCAAGCAUUUGUCGUCGUAUGUGGUGAAUUCUUCCAGUGUAACAACAUUAUCUGACCAAUAGUACACACACACACACACACACACAGAAGUUUAACUGGUACUUGAAACAUGCAGUAUACAUUAACGAAGUAACCAAGACUCAACAUGAGAUUAUUUCGGUACACCUUUCAUUUCAAUGUCUUAUCAGUGGGUUGAUUCAUUUUCUACAUUAAUCAGUGUUCUUUGACCAAGAAUAUUGCUUGGAUUGUUUUGGAAAGUACAAGAAGCCACAUAGUUUUUCCAGGAAGGUUUCAAAACUCCCAAAGAUUAAUUUCCAACUUCUGAGUUUGUUUUUAUUUUCAGUCUAUGACUUGACUGGUAUUAAAGCUGCUAUUGAUAGUAAUGAAAUAUGUUGUCAUUGAUAUAAACCUGUUUGGUUCAGCAAACAAACUAAAAUGAUUGUCAUAGACAGUGUUUUAUUUUUCCUGUUGGUGUUGCUGAUUUGUGAGCAUGCUUUAAGAUGAAAAAAGCAUGAGUGAUAACUUCCUUAAAAAGGUGCGGCAUCCGAUUCAGAUAUUUUGUCCUGAUUUUAAAGCUGGUUGGUGUAGUGCUACUAAAAUUUCGUUCAGUUCAUUUUCUUUUUUUUAAAACUUGUUCGCACGUUGUUUAGGGUGCCCUUACUUCAGCAAAGGAGAAGGAGUAGGAGAGCCUUAGAGUUUCUGAGGAAAAAAGAAAACCUAUAACAUACAAUGUACUGUAUCAAACUAU